UACCCAGCCGUCCGCGUGUUCUUCGCCCUUGGAUGUUUUGUGCACAGCGAAGAGAUAGAAGUACGUACUCGCUUUUAGCGAUUCGCGGUCAUCGUGCCUCCUCGACCAGCAGCGGGCGAACAUCGGACAUCUAGCUAGCAAAGUAACAGCAGAGACAGAACGUAUUCUGCGGCCGAACGUGUCGGACGUGCUGAAGUCUGUGUCCGUCGCGAUGUGGUGUGUGUAGAAAGGAGUUCUAGUUUCUUUUUUUCCCUAGACUGGAAGUGUGGGAUUACAGGAGAAAUUUUAAUUCGAGGUACAUCGAUGGGAAGGAGUCUACGGCUGUAUCCAUAAUGUACGUGCGAAUCUGAAUAAUUCUUUAACGUGCAUAUAAGAAUACAAGUGAUUAAUGCCACACCAAUCGAAAGUAGUGCACUCGACUGAGUUUUUGAAAGCGGAUGCAGCGGCGUCAACCUGUACAGGAUGGUGGAUAAACCGAAAAUCGGGCUCGGCUCGGAGGAGAUAGUUCACCCAUCGCCGACCAUCAGCAAGGGAACCGACUGUGACAGUCCACCGCACGUGGUCUAUCUGACGGAAACGUUCUACAUCAGUUCCAAGAAAAAUACCGUCUUCGAAGUUCGCCUUACCGACAAAGGCCUCAGUCUGAAAAAACAAAGCAAUGGUUCCACCAAGGAGCAAACGAUCCCGCUCAAAGAUAUCAUAGGCUGCCGCUGCUUACGCAGCAAACGGAAAGGGAAGGGUAGCUCAGCGUGCGCGUGUACUUCCAUCUCGGGUACUGCCCAGCUCAAGGUGGUCGAAGAGAACUCCGGCGAACAGGAUGAAUCCGACGUUAGUGCGUAUCUCUACAUCUACGCUUACAUCCUGAAGCGGAACCGACGGGGCGGAUUCCGGGAGCGAACGACCAUCACCCUUCGCUUUCGAUCCUUCGAUAAGUACGAGGACAACAACAAGGAAGCGCAAAAGUGGCGAGCCGCGAUCAAGUACCUUGUUGCGGGGGAAACCUCCAUCAAGUCCACAUAUCAGCCGAAGGAAACGCGCAAAAUGUUGGUGAUCCUCAAUCCGAAGUCCGGUUCCGGAAAGGCGCGGGAAAUGUUCCAGCAACGGGUGGCACCGGUCCUGGCGGAGGCAGAAAUCUCCUACGAUCUGCACAUAACGAAGAAACCUGACUGGGCCAGGGAGUUUGUCCGCAACCGGGACAUCUACCUGUGGCGCGGGAUAGUGGUGGUGGGCGGGGACGGCAUCUUCUUCGAGACGCUGAAUGGGCUGUUCGAGCGAGAAGACUGGCAGACGGCGAUCGACGAGUUGACGAUCGGAAUCAUUCCGUGCGGUUCGGGCAAUGGGCUGGCCAAAACCAUUGCGCAUUUGUAUGACGAACCUUUCGAGACGAAACCAAUCUUGGCAUCAGCUUUAACCAUGGUCAAAGGCAAACAUUCCAUGUUAGAUAUAGUUAGAGUGGAGACACGGUCUAAAAUAAUGUUCUCAUUCCUGUCGGUUGGAUGGGGUCUAAUCUCGGACAUCGACAUCGAGAGCGAACGACUGCGGGCCAUCGGUGGUCAACGGUUUACACUUUGGUCCGUCCAUCGGCUAAUCAGCCUUCGUACCUAUCAGGGCAAGGUGUCGUACAUUCCGGCACUAGUUAGUAAUAUGAAUAGGUCCAACUCACUGCCCCACGAAGGUGGAGGUGGCGGCGGGGGCGUAGGAUUACUGAAGCACAGCAUAAGCUACAACACUACCCUGGAUUGCCACGACUGUAGAAAUGGGAGCGGUGGCGGCGUCAACGAUAGCCAUAGCAAUUGCGUUGCCUGCGAUACGAACUUCAGCGAUGUGCUGUCGUUGGAAACGGGAACUAAUCUGGACACGUUCCGACCUCGGAUCGACAGUUGGUAUUCGGCAACGUCUCGGAAGAGUACGUACUUCUCCACCGUGGACAGUAUCUACGAGAGUGAUCGUGCUUCGAAUGAAGGCGUUCCAAAUGGUGCCAAUGUGGUUCAGAUGUAUGGACCUCCUUCCAGGCUUCCGGCACUAACGGCACCCCUUUCGGACAACUGGAAAACUCUCGACGGAGAUUUCGUGAUGGUGCACGCAUCCUACCAGACGCAUCUUAGUACGGAUUGUUUCUUCGCUCCGCUGUCCAAGCUGAACGAUGGCAUCAUAUGGCUGCUGAUCAUUAAGGGCGGUGUCAGCCGGUCUCAGCUGUUGUCGUUCAUGCUGGGGUUGAGUAGUGGGUCGCACAUUCCUUCGCAGACUAACGAGUACAUCCAUAUGAUUCCAGUGACGGCAUUCCGGAUCGAGCCCAGUGGGUCCACGCCGGGUCACAUGACCGUGGACGGCGAGAACGUAGAGUACGGACCAAUCCAGGCGGAGAUAUUUCCUAGUUUAGCCAAAGUAAUGGUUCCGAAAUGAUUUAGAGCAUGAGGUGUGAAUUUGUGUUGGGUUGAAUGUGCGGCUUUGUCAUUCUCUUUGAUGAUGUAGCGUCAUAUGUGUUUAGGAAAUGUUGAUUAUGAAUUGUUACCGUUUAGUGAGACUAAGUUAUCCUUAUUGAGGCAAUUGAAGAAAAGGUAGACUAAUCGCUUCAUCAUGGUAGAAUAAAAUAAUUUAGAUGUUGUUAUGUCUAAUUUGAACGCACUGAAAAA